AUGCAGCAUGAAGAUACCCUCAUGAUUAAGACAUACCAUGGAGAGCAUAGCUGUGCAAGAGUAUAUGAGAACAGUACUGUGAAGACCCCCUACCUCACUAACAAGUUUGUAGACCAGAUAAAGUUGAAUCCUAACAUUUCAACAGAAACACUUGCACAGACCAUGGCAGCUGGAGUGAAAGCAAGAGUUUCUUUUCAACAAGCUUAUAGGACCAAGAAGGCAGCACUGAAGAGGGUUGAGAGGUCAAUGAAAGAGCAAUAUGCUAGGUUGUUGGCAGCUGUGGGUUUGGAUCCUAACAACACCACAUAUAUUGUUGCAUAUGCUACGGUGGAGAUGGAAAGUAAAGAUUCAUGGGAUUGGUUUAUGAGGAUUUUGGUGAAUGACCUAGACAUUAGGGGAGAAGGAAAUGGGUAUACCAUAAUUUCUGACAAGCAAAAAGGGUUGCUUCUAGCUUGUGAAGCUGUUCUCCCAUUAGCAGAACACAGGUUCUGUGUCAGGCAGUUGUGGACAAAUUUCAACAAGUUGUUCCCAGGAAAAGUCAUGAAAGACCAGCUUUGGGCAAUUGCAAAAUCCACUACAAUGGCUUAUUAUUGGAAGGAGAUGGUCCUCAUGAAGCAGAUGGACCCAGGAGCAUAUGAUUGGUUAACAAAUCCUAGAAGACCACCUAAGCACUGGUGUAAAGCACACUUUGACACUGUUCUAAAAUGUGAUGUGCUUCUAAACAACCUUUGUGAAAGCUUCAAUGCCUUCAUCCUACCUGCAAGGUCCAAGCCAGUCAUAUCAUGCUUUGAGGAUAUUAGAGUGAAGAUGAUGAAGAGGAUUGCCAUGAGGAAACAGAAGAUGAGCAGAAUUGUAGACCCCAUCUGCCUCAAGCCUAGAGAAAUUCUAGAUAAGAACAAAGUAAAGUCUACAACAGAUUGCAUCCCUUAUGGUACUAGCAGCCAACAAAUUGAGGUAGAAAGCAUUGGAGGAUCCAAAUAUGUGGUUGAUUUGAGUAGAAGAACAUGUGCUUGUAGGAGAUGGGAUCUCACUGGCAUACCAUGCAAGCAUGCCAUAUCUGCAAUCAAUUUCAUGAGGCAAAAACCUGAAGACUAUGUCGAUGCAUCCUACCAGACAAGCACCUACAUGGCCAUUUACUCUAACACUGUGAAACCUGUUAAUGGUAUGGACUUAUGGCUCCCUUCUGAUGAACCUGCCAUCCUCCCACCACAAUACAAUAGGCAGCCUGGUAGGCCAAGGACCAAAAGGAUAAAAGAUGCAUCAGAGAAGGAGACUGAUGGUCCUAAGCUUGGAAGGGUUCAAAAAUCACUGAAGUGUAGCAACUGUGGCAUUUUGGUCCACAAUAUGAAGACUUGCCAUAGGCACCUACCACCUAAGACAACAGCAACUAAAGGUACCAAGAAGAGAAAGCUCAACAAUGGAGAUGCAUCAACUACUCAACCUCAGCCAAAGCGUAGCAAAAGGCCCCUAAAGUCAAAGAAUGAGCUUAGAUCAAAGGCAAAGCAGAAAGCUGUGGAACAAAAAAAAAAAUAUAACGAAAAAAAGGCAGCAGCAAGAGCUUCAACAGCUAGACCUACUGCAACCAAAGGUAGACCACCAAGAGCUCCCUCAAGCAAGGGUAAAGAUGCUUUUGCACAAACUUCACAAGUUUCAUCCAGGUCAUCUGUAAGGAUCAGAGAAAAUGCAAAGAGUCGUGGAAAAUAG